AUGGCCUUUUUGUUGGCGUUGGUUGUCCUUGUGCUUCUUGGCAUCCGUGCCGCUGUGACUGUCAUCCGGGCACACAGCUCAUCGCUCUCACUGCUCCCCCGCGCAGGCUUACUUGCUCCAUAUUCGCGGCUACUUUGGGCCUUCCCCCAUGAGUACAGGGGUACCAUCACCUUGGAUUUACCUAAGCUGCACAAGAAGCUCGGACCCCUGAUUCAUAUUGGCCCUGGCGAGGUCUCUUUCUACUCUUUGGAGGCCUAUGAUGUUGUCCACAAGCCGAACGGCGGCUUUGUGAAAGAUCCCAGAACUUACGGCCAGUUUGUUCAGGAUGGCCAUCCGGCCUUAUUUUCUAUCACCCUGCCGGAAGAGCAUGCAAAGCGCCGUCGCAUGAUGGGCCAACUUCUUAGCCGAAGCAAGGUUCCAACUCUCGAGGGCCUGAUGCUGCAUCACAUAGAUGCCUUUGUCCAUGCCCUACGUAGACGGAGCGGCACCUUGGUCGAAGCCGGCUCAGCAUGUCGAGCGCUCGAGGCUGACAUUAUAUCAACAUUCUCAUUUGGCGAGUCCCUGGGCGCGGUAGAUGCCUGGGAGAGGGGCCAGAACGUGAAAAUGGUACAGGCAAAUGACGAAAAGGCAACCUGGAUGCCCCUACUGACGAGCUUUCCUCUGCUCUGCGACCUGUGGGACAGAGUCCAGCGUACCGUUGCGAGGACGACAGGCAUACAGUCCGUAUACUGCAAAGCUCUCGAAGAAUUUGAUCAGUGGGCUGAGAAGUCAUGGAUGAGGGCAACGUCUGAAGGAGAGCCAUCCGGAUUUCCAAAUCUCAUCAAGGUGUUGACCAGGUCUGGACUGCCAGCUGAGACGGCACUGUCCGAAGCCAAAGAAAACCUGGGCCCCGGCACGGACACGACAUCUGGCUCUCUCGCUCACAUCCUGUACGCGCUGUCCAAAAACAAGGCCUACCAGGAAACUCUCUUCCUCGACCUGGCCCAAGCUGGCUUCCCAACAAACAUGACGGCCCUCGAAGGAGUGCCGAGACUGAAGGCCUGUGUGAAAGAGGGGAUUCGCUGGGCCGGCACAGCUGCCGCGAUGCUGCCGCGCAUUGUUCCACCAGAAGGUGUAGAUCUGCACGGCUGCUAUAUUCCAGCGGGGACAGUCCUGACUUCGUCCCCCAUCUGGUAUCUCCGGGACGAGGCUGCGUUUCCACAACCGGAGCUGUUCGACCCGUAUCGUUGGAUCUCCACGGACGGGACGAACCCUACUGAAAACCGCUUGCGAGACCGAUACUACAUUCCGUUCUCCAAAGGGCUGAACAUCUGCAUAGGAGCUCAAUUUGCAUACUAUGAGCUAUAUCUAAGCGUGGCAAAAGUGCUGCGUAACUAUCGCCUGCGAUCACCAAGUGACCAGCAUAAUGUUGGUGUCGGCGAAAAGGGCUGGCAGUCUGUCCCACUGCCCCUGCGGAAAGAAUGGGUUGCCGCCGUUCCACUGCAGGCUCUCGACAUUAUUCUUGAGCCGAGAUUUUGA